UUGGAAACAGAGAUACAGUGUCGGAGGCCUAUGAAAACCUUGCCAAGUCUUCCUCUAAGAGAGAAGCAUUGGAGAAAACUAUGAGGAGCAAGUUGGAACUACAAGUGCGCCGACUGCAUGACUUCAACAGAGACCUGCGAGAGCGCAUGGAGACUGCUAAUAAACAGCUCGUUUCUAAAGAGUGUGAUAGCUCUGAAGACAAUCGGAAAACCAUCUCCCAGCUGGUUGCUCAGAAUAAAGAAAUUCUGCGGGAGAAGGAAAAGCUGGAGAUGGAGUUGAAUGCACUUCGCUCAACUGCAGAUGCAAGGAGACACAUUGAGAUCAGAGACCAAGCGCUGAACAAUGCCCAGGCAAAAGUGGUUAAACUGGAGGAGGAGCUAAAAAAAAAACAAGUUUAUGUGGAGAAAGUGGAAAGGAUGCAACAGGCUCUGGCCCAGCUCCAGGCAGCAUGUGAGAAGAGAGAACAACUAGAACACCGUCUUCGUACAAGACUGGAAAGAGAACUGGAAUCUCUACGUCUGCAGCAGCGUCAAGGAACCUCACAGAGCAGCGGCUUAGUGACAUCAGAGUACAAUGCCACAGCCCUAAUGGAGCACCUGCGAGAGAAGGAGGAGCGCAUUCUGGCUCUGGAGGCUGACAUGACUAAAUGGGAGCAGAAGUAUUUAGAGGAAAGUGUAAUGAGGCAGUUUGCCCUGGAUGCAGCUGCGUCCGUUGCUGUGCAGAGGGAUACAUCUGCAGCAGGGAUAAACCAUUCUCCGAGCAACAGCUAUGAUACUUCUGUUGAAGCUCGAAUUCAGAAGGAAGAAGAAGAGAUCCUAAUGGCCAAUCGUCGCUGUCUUGAUAUGGAGAGCAGGAUUAAGAAUCUUCAUGCCCAGAUCAUUGAGAAAGAUGCCAUGAUAAAGGUUCUUCAUCAGCGCUCUAGGAAGGAACCCAUGAAGUCUGAUGCACCAUCUGCCAUGCGUCCUUCUAAAUCCUUGAUGUCCAUCUCCAACACUGGUCCAGGUGGUUCAGGACUGCUUUCGCACAACCUUGGGCUUAGCAGCUCACCAAUCACUGAGGAGCGCAAGGAUGCCAGCUGGAAGGGAAGCCUCGGUAUUCUGCUGGGUCCAGAAUGUCGCACAGAGUCUCUGCGGACAGAAUCCAUCUCGUCAUCCCCUUCCCCCGUACUUUCUACCACCCUGAUGACUACAGGUCACUCAAAGACAGGCAGCCGGGACAGCUGCACACAGACUGACAAGGGUCAAGGCCAAGAAGCAAGCAAGCCCAGCCCUUCAGUCCUGCAGAGUAUGACCCUGCCUGCCCGCCUAUCAAGCCCGAGCCCAGUCUACAUCCCAGAUCGCUUAGCAGAAGUUCCAGUUCACAGCAGCACCUUUGAACGGAGGUUCCUUGUGCAGUCCCAUUCACAGCAACAAGCUCUCUCGUCAGCUCCAGCAGUCCAGCAAGAAUUAGACACAGACAUCGUUGAAAUCCUCAUAUGAAACCAUGGCUUCAAGAAAAAAAAAGUAUGCGUAAGUGAUGGAAUGGCAGCUUCAUCACAAGAACUCUCUUAAUCAUCCUGCACAGUGAGAGCUGCAUCUCAGUCCUGAGACAUUUUGAUUUAUCUUUUCAUCCAAUAUCCUUUCAUUCUAUAAUUUUAGCCUGACUGAAGAAAGAACAAGAUUGCAAGGGGUACAACUCUGUAUCAAAAAUAGGCCUGAAGCAAUUUCAGAGGUGAUAUUUUUUCCACUGGUUUCUGUUGUAAUGUAUUCUUGAAAGUAGUAGGGAAUUAAAUAUACACUUUGCUUUUAAAAAAAUGUACAUAGUUAGACAAUACUGAGGAGCAAAGUCCCCUCCAAACUCGGAUACAUUUCAUUUGGGAUUUCUGUAUCUGAGUCAAAGUGUUCUAUUUGUUAAACACUUUUGUGUUUAAUAAGUAGUUGUUGUGUUUAAUUAUUAGUGAUCCUAUUACUACAGUCACUAUACAGUCACUGUAUUACUAACUGUAGUACCAAGUGUUUUUAGCACAUCUAACAAACUUUAUAAAGUUUCCAGCAAACAAGUUUUCCAACUGGUUUUGUUCAGCUUUCUGAAAAGAUAGCGAUGAAAGAGCAUCGCUUUUUCAAGGUAUAGUAACCAUUUCAAAUAUUAAAAAAUUUAUCCAGACAAAUUGCAUUGGAACAAUUGUAUAUACUGUUGUUUGCAAUAUUUAUUGUACAGAUUACCACAUCUGCUUUACGCUUUAUUUUAAGGCAUUUGGUCGUGCGUGUGUGCGUGUGUGUGUGUGUGUGUUUGUAUAUCUUAGACAUUAGAGACACAUAUGCAGUCAGGACUGAUAUCAACUAGUGUUUAACAAACCCUUCACAUACAGAGGUUUACUUUCUGUCUGUUGUUUCCAACUUAAAACCACAAAUUUAAAAAGCUACAAACAUGACAAAUCAUAAAUGACUUAGAAGUUCAGCCUUUUAACCUUCUCUAAAUAUUAGUAUGUGUAUCUUAAUUCAAUUAAAUCA